AUGGACCGCACAAAGACAAUGGCUGAUGUCUACGGUGUGUUCUAUGAUUUUUCUUGCAUGCUGAAAGCAAAGGUAGACAAGAACAAUCCAAAUGCUAGUAAGACACUAAACCGUCUUGAAGCGAUUCAGAAUGUAUGUAGAGAGGGCGGAGUCCUUCACAAGAGAAAACCUUAUGUUAACGAUGAAGCGCAAUCAACCGCUCUCUUUGUAAGCUACAUGUUGCAGAUUGUAAUGCUGUUGCCACUUCUGGCCUUAGUCUUCGUGUAUCUCAGAGCAAACUGA